AUGAAUCUUUAUUUAUCCAAUCCUUUCCAACACUCCAAUUGCUUCUGGCUAUAUCAUAGUGAUAUCAAGUCAUUAAACAUACUUUUGGACGAUAAAUACAUAGCAAAGGUAGCGGAUUUUGGAACUUUGAGAACAAUAUCAAUCGAGGAAACGCACGUGACAACUCGAGUACAUGGAAGAUUUGGUUACUUAGUUCCUGAGUACUUACAGUCAAGCCACUUAACUGAUAAAAGUGAUGUUUACAGUUUGGGAGUAGUUCUUGUGCAGCUUUUAACAGGUCAAAAACCCAUAUUGUUCUUGCGGUUCGCUGAAGAGAGAUACAUAUUUUAUACUAUCAGUGGAAGAGAAUCGACUGAUGGUCAAGUUCUGAAAGAGGGUGGAGAAACAGAGAUAAUUGCAAUAGCUAAGUUAGCAGAAAAAUGCUUGAACUUGAAUGGAUAA